GUGAGGGUGUAGGAUAAUGACUCGGAAAUGAGUGUCUACAGUACAUGACGCAGGCCGCUGAUAGAACUCUGACAAGGUCAGUGCUAGUCUCCCGUAGUCAGACCCUAAUAGAAUGAAGACAGUACUAGUAGUCGUUCUUUCUCAUCGAUCAUCGAUCAGCGCCGGUCCAGACAGGGAGGAACAACGAAAUGACAUCUGCAGAUAUAUGACGAGCGGCGCACGCACGUCUACACUUGCCCCUACUAGGUCAUGAAUCACGGUCAUGGUCCAACUUCGUUCCAUCAUCUCAACUUCUCCAGAUAUUCCCUGAACAUACUUCACAUCAAAGCACAUGCUUUUUCCAUUUCCCCUGUAGCAAUAGCAAAUGCCAUUGUUGACACUUCCCCUCACCGUCUCCUUCUCCGCCCUUACCCCGAGCCCGUCCCUUGUAUCACCUUCACUCUCGACACCUUUUCCCUCUAUUCACACAUUCAAUUUCAUUGAGUCUUCUCUGCCCUCGGUUCUUACUUACAUAUACAUACUGUCCUACAAUGGCGCAUGUGAUCAUCCUGCCUUCGCACCUGCGCACACCCUUGCACUACCGCCUCUCUGUGACCCGCACGCUCCCCCCGAUCAUCCAUACGUACACUCACUAUAUGCCUACUCCGCCAUCGUACAAUUGUAUACAAGGUCCUGCCAACUGGACACUGUUAACUUUCGGUUCUUAUGUCUAGGGGAAACUCCAUCCUCCGAGUCAUGCCGGUUCGGAUCUUUGUCGAAUGUCACCGUUUCCCGGAAACGCGCAAUAGGUCGUCUUGGAUGCAACCUCCGCGCUUCUUCGUGAAGCAAAAACAAUGAAUUAUCGGAGUUGUACCUACAUACCGCACGACGCCUGUUUGUUGAUGACGCCUCGACUUGGCCUCUGCGCAUCCCGGUGUUAUUUGGGCGCCAUCUUCAAAUUGACGAACUUUACUUGCAUCCCCUCGGCGUCUACGACUAAAAUUGCGCCCUUAUGGCACACUGCAUGCAUCCGUCUAGCAGCUCAGAUUUAGGGGAUUUGCAGGAGUUCUCAACCCGCAGGAUAUUCAAAGGCGGCGGCGUACGUUCGAUCUUCCCACUCAUCUCAUUGACCUUCACCCAUGGGAAUGAACAUUUCGGUUGUUGUACUGGCGAGGUUCUUACCAUAUGUAGUACCUGAGUUACAUUUGUAGCGUAGUUAGCCAAUUAAAACCGUCCAUCUACCACAGAGUUCAGACAAGUC